AUGUACUCGGCCCACAGGCCCCUGGUGCCCGCAUCUGGCGCUACCUCCCGUGGCCUCGGCAUGUUCGUGUGGACGAAUGUGGAACCUCGCUCUGUGGCCGUGUUCCCCUGGCACUCCUUAGUUCCCUUCCUGGCCCCCAGCCAGCCUGACCCCUCGGUGCAGCCGAGUGAGGCACAGCAACCUGCCAGCCACCCCGUGGCCUCCAACCAGAGCAAAGAACCUGCUGAGUCAGCAGCUGUUGCUCACGAGCCACCUAGUGGGACAGGAAAUGCUGACCUUGGGCGGCCCCCCGCGGCCACGUGCCCUGAGAGCCCAGUGCCUGGACCCCCUCACACUUUGGGAGUGGUGGAACCUGGCAAGGGCCCUCUGCCUACUGAGGAAGACGUCCCCGGUCCCCCAGGAGAGUCCCGGCUAGACAGCGAGACGGAGAGUGACCAUGAUGAUGCCUUCCUCUCCAUCAUGUCUCCGGAGAUCCAGUUGCCUCUGCCACCUGGAAAACGUCGGACCCAGUCCCUCAGUGCCCUGCCCAAAGAGCGGGACUCAUCUUCUGAGAAAGAUGGACGCAGCCCCAACAAGCGGGAGAAAGACCAUAUCCGGCGGCCCAUGAAUGCCUUCAUGAUCUUCAGCAAGCGGCACCGGGCUCUGGUUCACCAGCGUCACCCCAACCAGGACAACCGGACAGUCAGCAAGAUCCUGGGCGAGUGGUGGUAUGCCCUGGGACCCAAGGAGAAGCAGAAGUACCAUGAUCUGGCUUUCCAGGUGAAGGAGGCCCAUUUCAAGGCCCACCCAGACUGGAAAUGGUGCAACAAGGACCGAAAGAAGUCAAGCUCAGAAGCCAAGCCCACAAGCCUGGGGCUAGGUGGGGGACACAAGGAGACCCGGGAGCGGAGCAUGUCGGAGACAGGCACAGCUGCUGCCCCCGGAGUGUCCUCAGAACUCCUAUCCGUGGCGGCCCAGACCCUUUUGAGCUCAGACAGCAAGGCCCCAGGGAGCAGCUCCUGUGGGGCCGAACGGCUACACGCGGUUGGAGGGCCUGGCUCAGCCCGGCCCCGUGCCUUCUCCCACAGUGGGGUCCACAGCCUAGACGGCGGGGAAGCAGACAGCCAGGCCCUGCAGGAGCUGACUCAGAUGGUGUCUGGCCCAGCGUCCUACUCUGGCCCAAAGCCCACCAGCCAGUAUGGGGCUUCAGGCCCCUUCACAGCCCCUGGUGAGAGCGGGGCCCUGGUGGCCAGUGGACGUCCCCCCCUGCUGCCCACCCGAGCCUCUCGUUCCCAGCGGGCAGCCAGCGAGGACAUGACCAGUGAUGAAGAGCGCAUGGUCAUCUGUGAGGAAGAGGGGGAUGAUGAUGUCAUUGCUGACGAUAGCUUUGGUGCCACGGACAUUGAUCUCAAGUGCAAAGAGCGGGUGACUGACAGCGAGAGCGGAGACAGUUCUGGGGAGGACCCCGAGGGCAGCAAGGGCUUUGGCCGAAAGGUCUUCUCACCCGUGAUCCGUUCCUCCUUCACCCACUGCCGUCCGCCCAUGGAUCCUGAACCCCCUGGGCCCCCGGAUCUGCCUGCAUCCUUUGGCAAGGGCUACGGCCCCACCCCAUCCUCCUCCUCAUCCUCACCUGCCUCUGCCUCAACGUCUCUGGCCACCUCUUUGUCCCUGGGCACAGGAACCUUCAAGGCCCAGGAAUCCGGACAGGGCAGCACAGCAGGCCCACUUCGGCCCCCGCCUCCUGGUUCUGGGGGCCCAGUGACACCUUCCAAAGCCACCCGUUUCUUCCCAACGGACCCUGCCACCUUUCGGCGCAAGAGACCAGAAAGUGUAGGGGGCUUGGAGCCACCAGGACCCUCAGUCAUUUCAGCACCUCCUGGUGGGGGAGGGAGCAUCUUGCAGACACUGGUUUUACCCUCAAAUAAAGAAGACCGGGAGGGCAGCAGAGCCCGCAUGCCCUCAGCCCCAUCACUGGCUUAUGGUGCCCCAGCAGCCCCCCUGUCACGCCCAGCCACCACCAUGGUCACCAAUGUGGUGCGGCCAGUUAGCAGCACUCCUGUGCCCAUUGCCUCUAAGCCCUUCCCCACCUCCAGCCGGGCCGAGGCAUCUCCAAAUGAUACAGCAGGGGCCAGGACUGAGCCAGGCGCUGGGUCACGGGCCCCUGGGGGCUCCCCACUGGGCGUCAGCUUGGUGUAUUCGGAUAAGAAGUCUGCGGCAGCCACCUCACCAGCUCCACACUUGGUGGCUGGGCCUCUGCUGGGCACUGUGGGAAAGGCACCUGCCGCUGUCACCAACCUGCUGGUGGGCACCCCAGGCUAUGGGGCCCCUGCGCCUCCUGCUGUCCAGUUCAUUGCCCAGGGAACACCACCUGGCAGUGGGGCACCUUCAGGCUCUGGAACAGGUGCAGGGAGUGGCCCCAAUGGGCCAGUGCCCUUGGGCAUCCUGCAGCCAGGUACCCUGGGCAAGGCUGGGGGAAUCACCCAGGUGCAGUACAUCCUGCCCACACUGCCCCAGCAGCUUCAGGUUGCACCUGCCCCAGCCACAGCCCCUGGGACCAAGGCAGCUGCUCCCAGCACCCCUGCUCCCACCACCAGCAUCCGUUUCACCCUGCCGCCAGGCACCUCCACUAACGGCAAGGUCUUGGCCGCCACCGCACCCACUCCUGGCAUCCCAAUCCUGCAGUCCGUACCUUCUGCCCUGCCCCCCAAAGCCCAGUCGGUGUCUCCUGUGCAGGCCCCACCCCCGGGUGGCUCGGCCCAGCUGCUGCCCGGGAAGGUCCUGGUGCCCCUGGCAGCCCCUGGCAUGUCGGUGCGUGGAGGAGGGGCUGCCCAGCCCCUGCCCUUGGUGAGCCCACCAUUCUCAGUACCAGUGCAGAAUGGUGCCCAGCCUCCCAGCAAGAUCAUCCAGCUGACUCCAGUGCCCGUGAGCACCCCCAGCGGCCUGGUGCCGCCCCUGAGCCCGGCCCCACUGCCUGGACCCACUUCUCAGCCCCAGAAGGUCCUGUUGCCCUCCUCUACCAGAAUCACCUACGUGCAGUCAGCGGCUGGGCACACACUGCCCCUAGGCACCAGCCCCACAUCCAGCCAGGCUGGAACAGUCACCUCAUAUGGGCCCACAAGCUCUGUAGCCCUUGGCUUCACUUCGCUGGGGCCCAGUGGCCCGGCCUUCGUGCAGCCUCUACUCUCAGGCCAAACCUCACUGCUGGCUCCAGGCCAGGUGGGCGUGUCACCUGUGCCAAGCCCCCAGCUGCCUCCCGCCUGCACAGCCCCUGGAGGUCCUGUCAUCACAGCCUUUUACCCUGGCAGCCCUGCACCCACCUCCUCAGCACCCUUGGCCCAGCCAUCCCAGGCCCCGCCAGGCCUAGUCUACACUGUGGCCACCAGCACCACACCCCCUGCUGCCGCUAUCCUGCCCAAGGGCCCGCCAGCCCCCACCACUGCCACGCCAGCCCCCACCAGCCCCUUUCCUAGUGCCACAGGCUCCAUGACCUACAGCUUGGUGGCGCCCAAGGCCCAGCGGCCAACCCCCAAGGCCCCUCAGAAAGUGAAGGCGGCCAUCGCCAGCAUUCCCGUGGGCUCCUUUGAAGCAGGUGCCCCUGGGCGGCCUGGCCCUGCACCCCGGCAGCCGCUGGAGCCUGGCCCAGCCCGAGAGCCAGCUGCCCCUGAGUCAGAGCUGGAGGGGCAGCCAACAACUCCAGGCCCUCUGCCACCCCCAGAGACCUGGGCUCCCCCUGCCCGGAGCAGCCCCCCACCACCCCUGCCUGCUGAGGAGCGGACCAGCACCAAGGGUCCUGAGGCCGUGGCCAGCAAAUUUUCCAGCUCCUCUGCAGACUGGCGCAUCCCCGGGCUGGGCCUGGAGAGCCGAGGGGAGCCUCCCACCCCACCCAGCCCCACCCCAGCUCCUGCCCCCAGUGGCAGCCUCAGCAGCAGUGAGGGCAACGGUGGGAGGGCGGCUGGGGACACCCCGGAGCGCAAGGAGGUGGCUAGCACCGGCAAGAAGGUGAAGGUGCGGCCCCCACCCCUGAAGAAGACCUUUGACUCUGUGGACAACAGGGUCCUGUCAGAGGUGGAUUUCGAAGAGCGCUUUGCUGAGCUGCCCGAAUUUCGGCCAGAGGAGGUACUGCCCUCCCCUACCCUGCAGUCUCUGGCUACCUCACCAAGGGCCAUCCUGGGCUCCUACCGCAAGAAGAGGAAGAACUCCACAGACCUGGACUCAGCGCCCGAGGAUCCCACAUCACCCAAGCGCAAGAUGAGGAGGCGUUCGAGCUGCAGCUCUGAGCCCAAUACCCCCAAGAGCGCCAAAUGCGAGGGAGACAUCUUCACCUUUGACCGAACAGGUACAGAAGCUGAGGAUGUGCUCGGGGAGCUGGAGUAUGAGAAGGUGCCCUACUCAUCACUGCGGCGCACCCUGGACCAGCGCCGGGCCCUGGUCAUGCAGCUCUUCCAGGACCAUGGCUUCUUCCCCUCAGCCCAGGCCACUGCAGCCUUCCAGGCCCGCUACGCAGACAUCUUCCCCUCCAAGGUCUGUCUGCAGCUGAAGAUUCGAGAGGUCCGCCAGAAGAUCAUGCAGGCAGCCACACCCACGGAGCAGCCCCCUGGAGCUGAGGCCCCUCUUCCUGGACCGUCCCCUACUGGCACUGCCACUGCCCCUGCUCCCACCCCCAGCCCUGCUGGGGUCCCUGACCCCACCUCACCUGGCUCGGACUCUGGCACAGCCCCAGCUGCCCCACCACUGCCUCCACCCCCAGAGCCAGGGCCUGGACAACCUGGCUGGGAGGGGCUUCCCCAGGCAUCUCCCCCACCCUCUGGACCCUCCACAACUGCCACAGGCAGGUGA